AUGAACUCUCAGCCAGCCUCGAGGGCUGCUGCGUCUGGUGAUCCGAGGCUUCCUACCAGCGACGACAGCAGGGACGGCUCCUCCCUAGACGACGGCGUUACCCCUUAUCUCAACGGAUCAUCGUCGCCGCUGCCGUCGCAACACUCUGAACCUCGUCCUCCUCCCAUGAUGAAUGCUUCGAAUUCGGCCGUGGGGAAGUCUCUUCCCAUAGCGUCCAACUACCCUCUCAGCACUUCAUCGGGCCCAGUGGUGUCGAGCGCGGACUCGUCACGCCGACCUGCCCAGUCUGGAGCGUCCAACACGAACCCGACACCACGCAGGGGCCAGGCAUCCCGCAAGCAGCACAAGAACCAGCGGAGACCGGGCGCCGGCGGGCAGGGGUCCAAUCUCAAUGUGGACGAGUACGAUGCCCUGGCGGAGUUGCGUGCUGUCCGGAACCCCAGCAGCAGGAGAGGCCAGACAUCCAUCACGCAUCUGCUCAGCUACACGAGUCCGAGACCCUACCAUGAUCACAACAUCUACUCGAGGUCAUAUCGCCGUAACCCCGCCUGGGGCCCGGGAUCCGGUUACCAUGCGUCGGACAAGGCGAGGUACGUGGACGCCAACUACCGCUUCGUCGUCUCGCCCGACGUGUCGUAUGCACAGCAGGCAUCUAACACGGAUAUGCACCUCGACUGGAACAAUGUGCUGCAAGUGAUUGCGUCGUCGACCUCGCAGGUGACGUCAUGCCCAAUUUGCCUAUCAGAGCCGGUGGCGCCGCGCAUGGCCAAGUGUGGCCACAUCUUCUGCCUCCCCUGCAUCAUCAGGUUCAUGAACUCGAGUGCGAGUGAGGAGGACCACGUCAAGCCGGGCAAGGGACCCAAGUGGAAGAAGUGUCCGAUAUGCGAGGAUACAAUCUACCUGCACGACAUCCGACCAGUUCGCUUCUACGCCGGGCAGGAGAGUCCGCUGCCUCGGGCUGGCGACGAUGUGGUGCUGCGGCUCAUGGCUAGGAACGCACAUUCAACGCUGGCACUGCCGCGCGAGGGCGGCUCCGAAGUGCUCAACUCAGGUCACGAUAUUCCAUGGCACUUUGCCGCCAACGUCGUUGACUAUGCCCGCACCAUGAAGGGCACGGGAGACUACAUGGUGGCGCAGCACGACGAGGAGGUGGAGGCCCUCAAGAAGCAGGAGAAGGAGGAUGAGACGCUAUUUGGGCAGGAUAAUGAGUGGACGCAAAAAGCCAUCAAGGCCAUUGCCGCUGCUAAGGAGCGCGUGGCGGGGCUCAUCAAUAUUGAGUCAGCCAUGGCAGCACCGGCAGACCACCCGCCCCGACAGUCGCCUGAGGCCGACUUCUACUUCUACAGCGCCCCUCCGCACCUGUACUUGUCGCCGCUGGACAUCCGCAUACUCAAGACAAAAUACGGCUCAUUCUCGUCAUUCCCCUCCACCCUCCUCCCCCGCGUGGAGCACAUCUCAACGGGGCAUGUCGUCGACGACGCCAUGCGCAAGCGUGCCAAGUACCUAGGUCACCUGCCCCGCGGCUGCGUCGUCAGCUUCCUCGAGUGCGACUGGACGGAAAUUGUGCCCGCCGACACACUCGAGGCGUUCAAGGAGGAUAUCGAGAGACGCCGCAAGCGCAAUAGGGACAAGGAGACUCAGGAGGAGAGGGAGCGUAUCCAGGCGGAGCGUAUCCAGGCAGCCGAGCUGCGCCAGUCGGCGGGUGCUCAGGUUCUGCCCGAUCCCACUGAUGAUUACAGGGUGCCACCGAUGGACAUGUCCGAGUUCCAGCCUCUCAGCCACCCCUCUGGCACCUCACCAUCCGACCCGCGCCCCGGCUUUUCCACGUUGGCAUCCAUGUCCACCAGCCCUUCAAUGGAGAAGACGGUAUGGGGCACCAGGGCUGUUACGGCCACUGGAUCCCCCGAGUCGGUACCAUCCUUCGCGGGCCCCGUCAACGAUGGGUGGCUGGACUCGGACAUAGCUAUGCAGGCUGAGGCCCUGAGUCUGUAUACAGACGGUGGCACAGGCCGCAGCAGCAGCGCACCGGUAGCCGACUCGUCUUCUUCCGGGGCAGCAGGAGGUAAUGGCGGCGGUGGCGGUAAGAAAAAGAAGAAGCAAAAGAUCACAUUGAUGAGCACGGGUGGUCGCAGGGGACUGUGA